CACGGCAUAGUCCCGGAGGGUCCGAUACCGGAUCGACUGGCAGCCUGACGGAAAUAUGCAUUUGUGUCAAUAUCCAUGAUAAGGUCAGUCGUAAGGGUCCAUUAAAGGUGGACGUAUCUAGUCAUACAACUGUACGGCAACUGAAAGCAAAAUUCUCGAAAGAGUUUGGCAUUCCUGUGCCAGUUCAAAGAUGGAUGCACAGAGGUCAACAGAUGGAUGACGAUAGUAAAAGCUUGUUCGACUAUGGGUUACAAGACACCCAGGACAUUGUACAGUUGUACAUAGUUAGCAACGAUCAACAGCCGAUAGUUUGUGAAACUCGAAUGAAGAACAUACCAGCGGGUAAAAACGAAAAACAACCACACUUUAGUCCGAUCGAAGCGAAAAUAUUAUCCGUUUCAGAUUCAGAUGAGGAAAGUUCCGAUACCCAGAACGAAAAGUUAGAAGCAGAUGAAUCCAAUCUUGGAGCCACCGCACUCGCAACGAUUCCUGAAGAUAGUGCCACCCGCAAUGAAGAAACCGAGGGUUGGCCUUGUCCGUUAUGCACAUUGAUUAACCCUCCAAAUCGUCCCGGAUGUGGGGCAUGUUCAGAAAGUAGACCUGCUUCAUAUAUUGUACCGACGAAAUAUCAAACCGUAGAUGACAAUUUUAUUCCUGAAGAAGUGAAACGUUUCAUAAUUAACGACCUUAAACGACCCACAGAGCCAACUCCUGUUCAAUUGCGUAAUCUACCCAAAGAAUCACGCAACGAUUUAAAUAGGGUUUCCAGCAAUCGUAAAUCAUCUGAUUUGUUCAACAUUAUGCUGGAUGAAGCAAAGGCUGGAUUACCUGAACAUGGAGCGUCUCAACAACCUUGUACAACAAGCGAUCUUUUGACGACUAGACACAUCCAGGUGCCAGAGCAGAAAAACAUAGUAUUAACAGCCUUCACAAGUCCCAAUAUUACUAGGAACAAGUAUCGAGGUGUUGAUAACUUCAAUCCGAACUCGUAUGGAAAUGGACCAACGACUCAACAAAAAUCGGACGGCCCCGUUAUCAGUACUGCUAGUCCGAUAGUUCGUGCGAUACUUUUGAAGGGAUCCACCGAGAAACCGGUGAAAUUUGGCAGAAACGGUCUGGCGAUUCCAGAGAACGGUAUCGAAACAAGCAAUCACUACAGCGAGCUGGUAAACUUGGAUGCGGCCGAUCUUAUCGCAAAUGUCGAUCCUUUCGAUUGUCCCAUUUGUUUCGGUCACUUCAAACAGUACGAAGGAAUCGUACUACGCGAUUGCCUGCAUUCUUUUUGCAAAGAAUGUCUAGUAAAUACCAUCAACUAUUGCGAAGAAGCCGAGAUAAAGUGCCCGUACAUGGAUAACAGUUACAGUUGCGAGAGUAUCGUGCAGCAACGCGAAAUCAAAGCACUGGUGAGCAAGGACAUGUACGAAGCGUACUUGGCGAAAUCGAUCCGGCAGGCGGAAAGCAAACUGGACAACACCUUCCAUUGCAAGACUCCGAACUGCCGCGGCUGGUGCAUCUACGAGGACAACGUCAAUCAGUUCAAAUGUCCAGUGUGUACAAUCGUCAACUGCCUUACGUGCAGGGCUAUACACGAUGGGCUAGACUGCAAGCAGUAUCAGGACCGAAUGAACAGUGACUGUGAUACGAACAUCGACGCAAAACGUACCAAAGAUAUGCUGCAGCAGAUGGUCGACAAAGGCGACGCUUUGUAUUGCCCCACGUGCCAGGUCGUCAUGAUGAAAAAAUGGGGCUGCGAUUGGCUCAAGUGUAGCAUGUGCAAGACGGAGAUCUGCUGGGUGACCCGGGGACCGCGAUGGGGUCCCGGCGGGAAAGGCGACACCAGCGGUGGCUGCCGUUGUGGUGUCGACGGAAAGAAGUGCCAUCCCGAAUGCAACUACUGCCAUUAGGAAAGCUAAGCUAAUAGCUGACUUUAAACAUAAGCUAGGUAUCUAUACGACAUAUGAUGUUUUGUUUAGAACCAGAGCGUAAUACUGUAGAGUAAUAAAAUGAUGCCAAAGAAGUUUUAAGAACAUGGACAUCACUAAUCGAAGCUUAUCUAUUGUAAUUCAUAUUUAAUGCGUACCUAGACUAACUUUUUAUAAACGAAAUAUUUAACUGUAGAACGAAACGUUAAAGCAAAUAAAA